AUGCGGGAAGACGUGUGCGAUACUCUCCACGAUAUUCCCGACGCGCUAGAAGAGAUUUCCCAGUUCCGGUCCAUCAAUAGGUGGUCGGCGGACCUUCUGCGGUGUGGAAACAAGAUAUACACUGCAUUGUUCACGGUAUUCGAAGAGAUCAUCAAGCAGCUUCUACAGAACCUACUCAAGAAAUACACGAAGGCAGUCUGGAAGAGGGAAGACUAUGGGAAGAAUCUGAGGAGUGAGGUACAGGACCUUCAGAAAUGCAUCGAGGCCUUCCGAUGGGCUGCCGCAUAUUGCGACUCAAAGAAGAUAGAGUUUACAGCUCAGUCUGUUGUCCAAGUGCAAGCCCAACUUAAGGAGUACACCAAAGCAACGAGGCAAAGCAUGUCAGACUUAGAGCAUCUGCAUUCGGCCGUGGCGGGCACUCGUUCUGAUAACAUGUCCAUGCCAUCGGUAUCCUAUCUCAUGGAGCUAGAGAACAGAUUGGCCUCCACGAUUCAAGGGACAAUGACAGUUCAAUACCAGUAUCUUGCCAACAUGGUAAACCAGAACAUCUUGCAGUUCUUGGAAAGUUCUUCACUCUACGAUAGAGGUACGGGGACUGUGGACCCACAUGCAGUCCAGCGAAAGCUUCAUGAAGAGCGAGACCCACCGACUUACCAGACUCCUGCGAGGUCUACAGGGCUCUCCCUGGACCAUUAUGAACAGCAUCGGCUCAGUCAACGGCAAGGCAGAUAUCCCUCUGACCAAGAAAUCCUGGACACGUGGCAGAUGGAGCUGAACGGCUCCAGUCAAGCUAGGAACCAGGAUGCCGCGACCAGUGCUAGGUGGCUGGCACGCGCAGAUCUCAAACAACAGGACGAAACGCCGAGAGACGCCGAGGAGACCAUCUCGUGUGCACUGUCUUUGUUGACACAAAGUCUGUCUGGUUACACGAGUUUCCCGGUUAUUGCAUACUUCUGCACCAGUCUUACGAUUCGUGGAAGAAAUCAGCCUGGCGCAGCCAAUUCGAUGGUGAACAGUCUCACCGGACAGCUUCUCACUUUCCUGCAGAAGCAGGGCACUCAAUUGGAUGUCACCGCCUUCCGGAACUCCAGGUUCAGUGCGGCACACGCCGAUCUCCUUUCAGCAAUGGAGCUCUUCCAGGGCAUACUCAAACAACUACCCAGCGGCUUUACGUUAUUCAUCAUAAUCGACAGCUUGUCCAGUCUAGAGUAUGCUGGUGGACAGGAUGCUGCUAUCGCUCUGGAAGAGAUCCUGGAGAUGACCACACGCACCGGAGUAAUCAUCAAGAUCCUCCUGUGCCAGCCACUGAGGUUUCGGAUUUCGAACCAGCACAAGGGUAGAUGCGAUGAGCUGCACCUUCCGGAUUAUGUGGAUGGGGACAGGAACGGAUUCAAUGUUGGUUUCACACACAUGGAGACUGCGAAGCUGAUGCGAGCGGAUCAGUAA